AUGGGCCAAUUCGGAAGUAAAAGAAAAGAAGAACCGACAGCUACUGAAAUUCGCCGGGUAUUUUCUUCUUACGUAGAUUUUUUGUUAUAGUCUGUUCAGAUUUUGAAUGUCAAGUAGAAUGACGUCAUUCGAAAACGCUCUGUGGGUGGCUCGCUCUCUGAUUGGUUUAUCGCAGCAGAGCUUGAGCGACGACUUGACAUUCAAAAUCUGAACAGACUAUAUUAGAAGUUUAAGUUUCUUGUUUAUGGCGGCCGGUCGUAUUACGGUAGUUUAAAAAGAUUUUGCAGUUGAAGGUGGCGCAAUAUGGAAUGUAUCCGCCAUAGCACUGCCUUAAACAUGUGUGUCAUGUCAAAGAAUUUUCAUAUCAUAAUAAAAAUAUAUUCUAUUUUUUACCGUUGUUGAGGUGUAACGCCAAUAAUAUAUCAGCUGAAUAGAGUUAGAGAGAAUUUUUCAGAAAGCUCAAAGAUUUUUUAUACGUUAGCCAUCAUUUUCUUCAGACGAACCCAUUGGCCAAGAGGCCGAAGACCGAUGAUUUUUUCAACAAAUAUGCUUCUUUGAUGAAAGCCAAAGGAGUUCUUCCCGACAUUUUUCUGGUCCACGAAGCUCCUAGGUUUGUUUAAAAAAUUACAGCGUACUCGAGUAUUAAAUUUUUUCUUAUUUUCGAAUUGUAUUUAGAAGAUUCUUUUAGUGCUCAAUACGUUGAUGAAGACGGCGACGUCGCCAACGAAUUUUAUCAGGAAACGAUGAGUGAAGGAGAAAAACGCCGCCUUUGUCGCCUUGUGGAGAAUAUUCGUCCUAAGGUGUGUUAGUAUUAGUGGGUUUUCAGAGCUAGAAUUUCAAUCUAGCUUUUAAAAAGUACUAAUUUUGAAAGACUAUCAAAAUCUGAAAGUUUGAAUGUACUCAACAAAAAAAAAGUUAUAGUGUAAUAGUUUCUUAUAAAAAUUUUAGUAUGACUCCUUUCCAAGGUAAAAGAUUUCUGCUGUUUUAUUUUAAAGUCAUUUCGUUUCUCAUUCAUCCAUCAUUUUGAAGAUCUUCCAAUUUGUCAGAAGGAUACAUUGAAGGAAACUAAAUCCUCGCUUUUUAUUGCUUUUGAGAAUUUUGAAAAAAGAGAAUGAAUUUUGAGCAGCAAUGCCUUAUUCUCACCAUUUUGUUUAGCUUCAUUUCAAACUUGUUUUUUCUGUUGAUUUUCCGAUAUAUGGACAAAAAGUUCAAAUAGAAAUUCUUAGAACCCUCGUUGAUGGGAAAUUUCAAGUUUUUAAGUGUUGAAGAUUUUUUGAAAAAGCCCGCUUUGAUUAGCAGUAAGAUAUAAUCUUCAAUGUAGAUUAUAAACCGAUGCAUGUAUUACUAUUCCCAGAAUUCAGGGAAAAGAAAGGUACACAAUUCCGCGACUCAGCGCCGACGUACCUUUGGUUAUGUGGGAAGUGAAACCCUAA